AUGCGGAGAUGGCCCGGCAGCGGGACAGUUCUCAGCGACGGCGCGAUGCGCCCAAUGACAAACACCAUUCCUGCGGAGACAAUGGUAACCCACGAGGAGAGCGUUCUUCAUGAAAAUGUGCAUGAUGCGUCGAGAAACAAGAGGCUCAAUAGGAUUCUUGAUAUGAGGAUUAUUCCGUUAUGCUGUUGGCUAUAUCUUCUCAAUUUCCUGGACAGGGGCAACAUCGGUAACGCCCGAGUCCUCAAUCAGGAGACAGGCGACGACAUGCUCCACCAGACCCGCAUGACAUCGACAGACUAUGCGAUAACGCUAAGCGUGUUCUCGCUUGCCUAUGCUGUUUUCGAGGUACUGUCAAAUUGGGUUAUGAAGCAUUACAUUCGGCCGUCUAUAUGGUUGGCCCUGCUUCUCGGGUGCUGGGGUGCGGUGACGAUAGGAUUUGCCGGCGUUCAGAACUACGCAACCGUCCUCUCAUUGCGCCUACUUAUCGGAGUCUUUGAGGCCGGUUUCUUCCCUGGGAUUGUCUAUCUUAUUACGAUCUGGUACCGCCACAACGAACGAGCGUUGCGUAUUGCCCUCGUUAUUGCUUUCUGCAACCUCGCCGGCGCAUUUGGCGGUGCCGUUGCGUAUGGUAUUGGACACGUCAACGGCACUGCUGGACUGCAAGGUUUCCGGUGGCUUUUCAUCAUCGAAGGGCUUAUCACUAUCGUGAGCGUGCUGCCGACUCUGCUCAUACUGCCAGACUAUCCCGCUCGCGCCAAAUUUCUGACUGCCGACGAGAAAAGGCUGGCCGAAGAUCGGCUCAAGGAGAGGGGAGGCGGCUAUAACAGGGAGCAUGCUACAAAGAAAGAAAUCUUAGCAACAUUUCUGAGCCCACGAAUGUUGGCCCAUUACGUUGCCUAUAUUGCCAACGUGGUUCUUCAAGGUUCAUUCACAUUCUACUCUCCAACCAUCGUCACAGGACUUGGAUACAAGUCCAUUCAAGCACAGCUCAUGACUGUCCCACCAUGGUGUAUUGGCUUCUGCGUUGCAAUAAGUCUCUCCUACUCGGCCGACCGCUUCGAUGCUCGAGGUUGGCAUAUCGUGGGUGCUUCAAUUGUCGGAGGAGCUGGCUGGCUUACAGCCGGUCUUCUACCGCAUGAUGCCUAUAUUCAGCGAUAUGGGUGCCUUUGCCUGGCUGCUGCUGGUGCUUUCCCAUGUGCGCCAGCUAUGACAAAUUGGGUUACUUGCAACACGCCGAGUCUACUCACUAUCCCGUUUGCCAUUGCGGUGCACAAUUCAUGCGCUGGAAUCGGCCAGAUCAUUGCACAAUGGAUCUGGAAGUCGAACGAAGCUACCCAAGGAUACCCUACUGGUAACUUUACCUGCGCAGCCUGCUGUUUCUUCGUCGCUUUUGUGGCCGCUGGUCUUCGAAUUUUGUAUGCUAAGAUGAACAAGGAUGGAACUCGCGACUCGCGAGGGGAAAAGCGAGUCUGGUCGUAUUGA